UUGUGAUAGAAGCUGCAGUCCUCACAUUUAAUGGCAGGUGGUUGUUCAAUAAUUGCAGCUUUGCUUAGUUGUACAAAAGAAGAAACUUUAUUAUUAUAAGCAACUAAUAAUCAAUUAGACAUUAUGGCAUCAAGGAACAAAAAGAUCGCUGUCAUUGGCGCCGGUUUUGUUGGACUGGUUUCGUUAGUUUCUUUGAAAGAAGAGGGAGGUUUCGAUCCGAUUUGCUUCGAAAAGACUGACAAACCAGGAGGCACUUGGUGUUACAGAGAAGAACCCGAAGAAGGCGUCGGCUCCACAAUGUCCACGACCAUCAUCAAUCACAGCAAAGAAAUGGGCGCCCUCAGCAAUUUUCCCCCGAAGAAAGAGAGCAACAACUUCAUGAGGCAUCACGAAUUUUAUGAGUACUUAAUGGAUUUCGCUAAUUCGAAAGAUGUAUUAAAAUACAUCCGAUACAACAUCGAGGUGUUAGAAGUGAAAAGGACUGAUGAUUAUGAAGAAACCGGUCGAUGGACGGUUACAGUGAAAAACAGACUGUCGGGGGAAGCAUCGACCGAUGUGUACGACGGCGUUUUGGUUUGCGUCGGUCACAUUAACCGACCCAAAAUGCCCUCCUACCCUGGCCAGGCCUUGUUCAAGGGGAGAAUCAUGCACACCCACAGCUUGAAGAGAGUCGAACCUUUCAAGGACAAGAGGAUCGUCGUCGUCGGCAUGGGAUGUUCUGGUUUGGAUGCCGCUGUGGAAACCAGCAACGUAGCAAAGCAAGUAUAUAUAAGUACUCGACCUGGAGCACAUGUUAUUAACCGUGUUGGAAAACAUGGUUUACCAUAUGACACAUUAGUGAUUCGACCAUAUCUAUACCAGUUAUUAGACAUUUUACCUUAUGGAGUUUUCAACUGGCUUUUUGAGUCUGUAUAUCUCGAUUUACAGUUUAGUCAGAAAAUAUUCGCUGUCAAGCCAAAUCAUAGGGUAUUUUCAAAGGAUCCAAUUUUGAAUGACCACUUGGGAUCGAAAUUACUUUCUGGUUCCGUAAUACAAAAGCCGAAUAUUCAACGUUUUACAGAAAAUGGUGUCGUUUUCGAAGGUGACGAAGUGACCACCGAGUGUGAUGUCGUCAUCAUGGCCACUGGGUACACGUGGAAAUUCCCUUUCCUGGAGGAAGGCAUUGUGGUGAAAGACGACCGGAUCAACCUCUACAAGUGCAUGUUCCCAGCCCAUCUGCCUCAUGCAACGUUGGCAAUCAUGGGCUUCAUUCUUCCUUUUGGACCUGGGUUUCCUGCCGGAGAGUUGCAGGCCAGAUGGGUGACUCAAAUCUUCGCAGGUAAAUGCAAACUUCCGUCUGAAGAAGUAAUGACGGAGGACAUUAAAAGAAAACAUGACUACAAUUUAUCAAGAUAUGAACAAAGUAAUAAAACUCCCAUUAGAGUGGAUUAUAUACAGUAUUGCGAUGAAAUAGCUUCUCAAUUUGGUGCAAAACCUAAUCUCCUCAAGAUGCUCUUCACAGACCCAAAAUUAUUUCUGAAAAUCAUUUUUGGUCCGAGCGUUUCUUACCAGUAUCGGUUACAAGGUCCUCAUACCUGGGAAGGAGCCAGAGAAGCCAUUAUGACGACCAUGGACAGAGUUGUGUGGCCCAUGACAAAAAGAAAGGCAGAAGAAGUCUACGAAAGUUUUUUUGAAAGAUUAAUAAAAACAUUGUUAUUACUUUUUGUACCUUGAAAAAAAUAUAUUAUUUAAAAAAAUUGCUUGAAAAUUGCUUUCAAAAAUUCAGCAUAAAAUUUAAUAUAAUCAAGAUAUUUCAUACUUUCUGAUGUAAGAGAUUCCUGCGUAAAAAUAACAGAAGAUAAAAAGAAAGCAUGUAAGAAAAGAAAUAAUAGUUACGAUUGAAUGUAAGACGAAGGAGGAAAUGCCAAAGUGGAAAAGACAAACACUCAUUGCUAAAUAUGGCAUAUAAUAUAUUACAUAAUAUUCAUUCAUAUCCAACUCUUCUGAUACAAAAUAUGAACUAUAUUGAAUGACUUUGUAUUUAAAACUAUGUCUUGUUUAUUUUCUAGUUUCUCGUCUGAUAUUGAUAUCCCUAUGUGUACAAAAAUUUUAUAAUACUCCAAGGUUUGCAGAAUCAUGGAUUUUAAAAGCUCAUUUAUGUUAGUUCUUUUUUCAAAUAGAUUCAUAAUUAAAUCAACUAUCGGUUAUGAUACGGGUAGUAACAAAGUAUCCAUCUUAAAUGUGCUACUUAUUUAAAAAAAACAAGAAAAACUGUGAUACCUUUUGUUUUAAAUAAAAAUGAUGAGUAUUGGA